GGGGCUGAUCCUCCAUCUCCCGUCGUGCAGUGCGCGGCGCACAGCCCGCCUGGGAAGUCGAGUUCCGUAAACAUCGACAACUCCCGGCGUGGAACGAAUUAAACACAAACAACGAAAUCAACAACAAAACCCAACAACAACAACGUCUCCGUCGUCACGAUACAGCCGCUCGCCACACCCAUGCCUCGCGUCGCCCGCACCACGCGCUGGGUCGCGGUGGCCGCCCUCGUCGCGCUCGCGCUGGGCGCUUCGCAGGGUCCGGCAGGCCGCGACGCGGACGGCGGGGCCGGCGACGAGGUGCAGGCCACAGCUCGCGCCGGGUCAGUGGCGGCCGACGAUGAGGGCGGCGGCGUCGAGCCACAGCCGCAGCAGCAGCUGAGCAGGUCGGACCUGCGUAGAGUGGAGGUGGGGAAAGAGGAUGACGUGGCGCCGGCGGGGUCAGCCGAGGUCAAGGGUGGUAAGGGCAGCGAGGCCAAGGUCGGGGCGCAGGGUCACCUCGUCAGGCCUGACCUCGGCGCGGUGGAACUGGAUUCCGGAGGAGAUGAGCUCAAGCCGCCACCGCCGCCACUGACGGAUGUGGAGCAUGGGGACCGGCAGGUUGCCGGGGGUGCCAGAGGGAGCGAGGAGGGGGAGGACAAGGAGGAGAUUGAGCUCCAGAGAGAACGGUUUGUAAAUGAGACCGAGGCAAACAGAAACAGGACCGUGGAGCCACCGAGCACCACCACUCAGCCACCUCCAGCUCCAACCCCUCCAAAGCCCAUCCUGCCGGUGCAGACCGGGGAGCAGGCGCAGCGUGAGGAGCAGUCCAGCGGGAUGACCAUCUUCUUCAUAUUGCUCGUGCUCGCUCUUUGCAUCGUCCUGGUGCGUCUGCUCAUUAAAUUCAAGUUGCACUUCCUGCCUGAGAGCGUGGCUGUUGUCUUUCUGGGUAUUGUUGUUGGAGCCUUCAUUAGAAUUGUGGAAAAAUACAAACUGGCCAACUGGAAGGAAGAGGAAAUGUUUCGGCCAAACAUGUUUUUCCUUAUCCUCCUACCACCCAUCAUAUUUGAGUCUGGAUACUCCUUACACAAGGGAAACUUCUUUCAGAAUAUCGGCUCCAUCGCUGUGUUUGCUGUAUUUGGAACUGCCUUAUCGGCUGCAGCAGUCGGAGGAGGAAUAUACAUUCUGGGACAGGCAGAUGUAAUUUACAAGUUGACUAUGAUGGACAGCUUUGCCUUCGGCUCAAUGAUUUCUGCCGUCGAUCCUGUGGCCACGAUCGCUAUAUUCAACGCGCUCAGCAUUGACCCCGUGCUCAACAUGUUGGUGUUUGGCGAAAGCAUUCUCAACGAUGCCGUCGCCAUCGUGUUGACCAACACGGCCGAAGGGCUCACGAGCCCCGAUAAGUCGGAUGUGAGUGGCUCCCAUGCAUUCCUGCAGGCGUUCACAAACUUCCUGCAAAUGUUCUUUGGUUCAGCAGCGCUGGGAAUACUCUUGGCGCUCAUCUCCGCUCUCCUUUUGAAGCACAUUGACCUGAGGAUGACCCCUUCACUGGAGUUUGGGAUGAUGAUAAUAUUUGCAUAUCUGCCAUAUGGCCUCUGCGAGGGCCUAAAGCUGUCAGGUAUCAUGGCAAUCCUGUUCACGGGCAUCGUGAUGUCCCACUACACGCAUCACAACCUCUCGCCCAUCACGCAGAUCAACAUGCAGCAAACCCUCCGCACAGUUGCCUUCCUCUGCGAGACAUGCAUGUUUGCCUACCUGGGGCUGGCAAUCUUCAGCUUCCCGCACAAAUUUGAAAUCUCCUUUGUCAUCUGGUGCAUCGUGUUGAUCCUUGUAGGUCGUGCUAUCAACAUUUACCCACUGUCCUUCCUGCUCAACUUCUUCAGGGACCACAAAAUUACUCCCAAGAUGCAGUUCAUCAUGUGGUUCAGCGGCCUGCGCGGAGCGAUCCCGUACGCGCUGAGCCUGCAUUUACAGCUGGAGCCGCUCGAGAAGCGACAGCUCAUCGGCACCACCACCAUCGUUAUCGUGCUCUUCACCAUCCUGCUGCUGGGCGGCGCCACCAUGCCACUCGUCAAAUACAUGGACAUCGACGAGGCCAGCGCCCGUACCAAGCGCCCGCGCAAGGACAUCAGCCUCAGCAAGACUGAGAAGAUGGGCAACACAGUGGAGACGGAGCACCUGUCGGAGCUGACGGAGGAGGAAUACGAGGCCACCUACGUGAAGCCCAACCUCAAGGGCUUCCUGUGGCUCGACGCCAAAUACCUGAUCCCCUUCUUCACACGGCGCAUCACGAAGGAGGACCUACGCAACGGCAGGAUACAAAUGCGCUCGCUCACCAACAAGUGGUACGCUGAGGUGCGGCAAGGACCGUCGGGAUCGGAGGACGAGGAGCACGAGCUUUUGUGACAGCGCCGUGGACAUGUUAGCACACACUCGCACGCACUCGCACAUGCUCAAAGACAAAGAUCCCCCAUGUAGCCUUAAAAGACUGUUGGGGCAAGUGCUGUUAGCAAGCACCUAUGAUGGCUGGAACGG